UGGCGGAAGUGACGGCAAAAGGAGCGCGGUUGUCAGUGUCACCCGGAAGAGACGUGGCAAGAAGAAUUUGUGAAGAUGGCAUAGAGAGGAAAUAGGAGGACACUGAAUAGAAGGUGAAUUCUGAACGAGAGGAGAGAUAAAAGGACCGCUGUAGAUCUGUCACCAUGGGGUUGUGCAAGUGUCCAAAGAGAAAGGUGACAACCCUGUUCUGCUUUGAGCAUCGGGUGAACGUGUGUGAACACUGUGUUGUGGCCAACCAUGCCAAGUGUAUCAUUCAGUCAUACUUACAAUGGCUUCAGGACAGCGAUUUCAACCCCAACUGCCGCCUCUGUAACACCCAUCUCUCUUCCAAGGACACUACAAGACUAGUUUGUUAUGAUCUUUUUCACUGGUCCUGCCUUAACGACAUGGCUUCUCAGCUGCCUCCAAACACAGCACCUGCUGGGUAUCGCUGUCCCACCUGCCAAGGACCUGUUUUCCCCUCCCCUAAUCAGGCUGGUCCUGUAGCCACUAGCCUUAGAGAGAAGCUCUCUACUGUAAACUGGGCAAGGGCUGGGCUCGGCCUCCCUUUGAUUGAAGAGGUUGAGUCUGUUGAUGAGACUGCAUCGAAUGAUGUCACAGACUACAGGGAUUGGUCAGCGGUUAAUUCCUCAUCAGACCACCUGUCGGACACCUCAGAGAUAACGCCCCAGACCGGAUUUGUUUACAACUCUGCUCCGCACUCUACAGCCCAGCAUGGAGCAAAUGGAGGCAUGUCACAAGAUCACACUGUCCACAUCGGGGAAAACACAGGAGACACUGUCAGCAUUAAUGCUGUUUCUACCCCCAGAAAAGUUUAUGACACUCGGGAUGUGGCCAGGAGCACAGACACACUGAUUGACUUUGAUGAUGAUAAAUACAGAAGAAGGCCAACUCUUAGCUGGCUAGCAAGGAUACUCCGGAACCGCUCUGGAUCAAAGACCCAAACAGUCUCCAGAACCCAACGUUAUAUGGUUAUCCUAAUCAUUGGAAUCCUUGGUUUCUUGACCCUAAUCUUGCUCAUGUCCAAGUUUGGAAGAGCAUCAGCUGACAACGACCCAAAUCUGGAUCCUAUGUUCAACCCUCACAUCAGACUUGGAAAGGAGUAGUGGAAAUUGCAGAGGACCUGUGGGUAAAAAGCAGGAUCUAAACUUAGUCAAUAACCCUUAAAUCCAUACUCGUUGAUUGGACCAAGAAACUUUGUUGGUCCAUGUACAAAAGGAAAUUUGUAGAGAUGAAGCCUCCUUCCACCGUAAGAUGGGCUUUACCACUCUGUAGGGGGCUCCUGAGACCUUUAUCUUGAACAUUUGAGAUACAAUUUCUUGUUCAUGGAAUGUGGAAUUAUGGUUUCCAAUGUUUCUUGUACUUUUGAACAAUAAUAUUAAAAAGCAAAAGGCAAUUCUGUGUUAAACUAUAGAAAAUGGCUUCAGUCCCAGCAGAAAAUAAAUACAGAUGAAGUGCAAGCCUAAGGGUUACAUUGCCACAAAAUGUAAGGAUCCACAGUUAUGGGACAUUAUGUAUUAAACAUCCAUUUUCCUAAUUCAUCAUCUUAAUAAAUUCAUUUAUUGACUGAGUUCUGUAUAUUAGAAAUUUAAGUUCUAUAUAGACACUGCAGUCUAUUGUGGCAUCGACAAAAAAAUUAAAAGCAACAUAACUAACAUCACUAAAGAUAGUAUAUGUGUAAAAUUAUAUUUAUAAUUACAACUUUAUAAUCCUUG